GAUUACAACAAUAAUUGAGCUCAUCAUCUUCAUCAAAUACCUUAUUAUAUAAGUCCAAUUAAUACUAUUUUUUUCUUCUACGCCGACUUCGACUUCCACAAAUUCGAUCGACAAUGGAUGAGAGCCUCCCGUACAAGCGAUCGGCCUCUCGUCUGACCAUAGCCGCCCAUUUAUUCGGCGUCUUGGCUUUGAUUCUUAUGCUUAUUUGGUUGGUGCAUUUUCGUGGAGGCAUUGAGUAUGGUUCUUACAACGUUGAUCGUGUUUUCAAUGUUCAUCCAUUUAUGAUGUACUGUGGAUUCAUAUUUCUUGCUGGUGAAGCAAUGAUGAUGUACAAGACAAUACCAUCAAACAACAAUUUACAGAGACACAAAGUGCAGAAAAUAGUUCACAUGAUUUUGCAUUUAUUGGCUUUAGUUUUUGGAAUAGUUGGGAUUUCAGCUGUUUUCAAGUUUCAUGACAUGAUUAAUGCUGAGGAUGUUUAUAGCUUGCAUUCUUGGAUUGGAAUUCUCACCAUUUCCUUAUUUUGCUUGCAGUGGCUAUUCGGAAUAUUUUCAUUUAUGGUUCCACAACCUUCAAUAACAAGGCAAAGAAUGCUCCCAUGGCAUAUAUGUGGAGGUAGAAUACUGUUAUUCAUGGCAGUAUGUGCUGCUCUAACUGGUUUGAUGGAGAAAUCUACAUUUUUGCAGCAAAGACAUAAUUCUGAAAAUCGUUUGAUGAAUUUUACUGGAUUAUUUAUCCUUCUUUUCGCUAUUUUCGUCGAUCUCACCGUCGUUCUUGCCCGUUAUGUCUGAUUUUAUUUAUCAGUUUCAUGAUGAUUUUAUGUAUAUUAUUUUUGGUUCAAUUUUUUGUGAAUUGAUUCGUACUUUAUCUAUUGGAUUUAUGUUGUAAUGGAUAAUAAUAAUAAAAAGACUAUUGUUUACUUGUA